UCUAGCCCCGCUUAACCCCUGAUGCGCGGGGGGAAGCAGCCCCUCUCGCUGGGGGAUGCUGCGGGAUUCCCGGCGCCGGGCAUCUGGGCCGCCCGCUAACCCCCUGUGCCUACCCCGUGCCCCCGGAGAACCGGAGUCCGGCCGCUGGGAAAGAGAAGCGGCCGCCGAGAAGCUGCAGGGUGCCCGGCGGGGAGGGGGCUGGAGCCCCCAGGCCCGAGGGCAUGGAGCGGUUAGGGGAGAAAGCCAGUCGCCUGCUGGAGAAGUUAAGGCUCUCCGACUCCGGCAGCGCCAAGUUCGGCCGCAGAAAGGGUGAAUCUAGCCGGUCUGGGUCUGAUGGGACCCCCGGGCCGGGCAAGGGACGCCUGAGUGGGUUGGGGGGGCCUAGGAAAUCAGGGCCCCGUGGAGCUACUGGGGGACCUGGGGAUGAGCCGUUGGAGCCAGCCCGGGAGCAGGGCCCCCUGGACGCUGAGCGGAACCCGCGCGGCUCCUUUGAGGCGCAGCGCUACGAAGGCUCCUUCCCCGGGGGACCGCCUCCCACCCGGGCCUUGCCUCUACCUCAGUCACUGCCCCCCGACUUUCGGCUGGAGACCACGGCCCCAGCUCUAAGCCCACGCUCCAGUUUCGCCAGUAGCUCAGCCAGCGACGCCAGCAAGCCGUCCAGCCCCCGGGGUAGCCUGCUGCUGGACGGGGCGGGGGCAGGCGGAGCCGGAGGUAGCCGACCCUGCAGCAAUCGCACCAGCGGCAUCAGCAUGGGCUACGACCAGCGCCACGGCAGCCCCCUGCCCGCCGGGCCCUGUCUGUUUGGCCCACCCUUGGCUGGGGCUCCAGCGGGGUAUUCCCCUGGAGGGGUGCCGUCCGCCUACCCGGAGCUCCACGCCGCCCUGGACCGAUUGUGUGCUCACCGGCCCGCGGGGUUCGGCUGCCAGGAAAGCCGCCACUCCUAUCCCCCGGCCCUGGGCAGCCCCGGAGCUCUAGCCGGGGCCGGAGUGGGAGCGGCAGGGCCCUUGGAGAGACGCGGGGCGCAACCCGGACGACACUCAGUGACCGGCUACGGGGACUGCGCGGCGGGCGCCCGAUACCAGGAUGAGCUAACAGCGUUGCUGCGCCUGACGGUGGGCACGGGUGGGCGAGAAGCCGGCGCCCGCGGGGAACCCUCGGGGAUUGAGCCGUCGGGUCUCGAGGAGCCACCAGGUCCUUUCGUUCCAGAGGCCGCCCGGGCCCGGAUGCGGGAGCCGGAGGCCAGAGAGGAUUACUUCGGCACCUGUAUUAAGUGCAACAAAGGCAUCUAUGGGCAGAGCAACGCCUGCAAGGCCCUGGACAGCCUCUACCACACCCAGUGCUUUGUCUGCUGCUCCUGUGGGCGAACUUUGCGCUGCAAGGCUUUCUACAGCGUCAAUGGCUCCGUGUACUGUGAGGAAGAUUAUCUGUUUUCAGGGUUUCAGGAGGCAGCUGAGAAAUGCUGUGUCUGUGGUCACUUGAUCUUGGAGAAGAUCCUGCAGGCCGUGGGGAAGUCCUACCACCCGGGCUGCUUCCGGUGCAUCGUUUGCAACAAGUGUCUGGAUGGCAUCCCCUUCACUGUGGACUUCUCCAACCAGGUGUACUGCGUCACUGACUACCACAAAAAUUACGCUCCUAAGUGUGCGGCCUGCGGCCAACCCAUCCUCCCCUCAGAGGGCUGUGAGGACAUUGUGAGGGUGAUAUCCAUGGACCGAGAUUAUCACUUUGAGUGCUACCACUGUGAGGACUGCCGGAUGCAGCUGAGUGAUGAGGAAGGCUGCUGCUGCUUCCCUCUGGAUGGGCACUUGCUCUGCCACGGCUGUCACAUGCAGCGGCUCAGUACCCGACAGCCCCCUGCCAGUUAUAUCUGAACUGCGGUCUAUGCUGCUGCCUUUGCUGCCCCUGGCAAAUCCCUCUGGCCAGAGGGCCCCUCUGAGGCCAGCCAAGGCAAGGAACGCACUCCCAGGCCAGGCAGAAGAGUCCUCUGGGGAGGGCCCCAGGGGCCAGAGACCCAAAGAUACAACAUUCCAGAUGGACUGUGGAGAAGGAAACUUCCAAUUGCCAUGGGGGGGCGGGUGUGACUGGCUUUCUUUCCAUGUGCACAGCCUGUGCUGUAGCAUAUACUCAGGCAUGCACAGGCAGGUUCCAGGACUUUCUAAAGGUCUGAUUCUAGUCUGUUUCUCUAGUACCAUUUAUGCAUAAGCCAAACAACGUUCUGGCUUUGGGUUACAGAAAGAGGACACUAUGAACACGCCUCACUCUGGCACCCCUCACGUGGGUCAGAUACGGGGUCAGCAGGUUCUUACCACAAUGUUUUAUCUCUGUAUCUGGAUGAAGAGGUGGAAACUGGACCUUAUCAAUGAGUUGUUUCUUGGCCACCUUCUCUCUAAGGACCAGGAAAGCUGCUCAGCCCCAUGAAGGAAGGGGGGCAGCUCAUGUGGACCUGCUGCCUGUGUUGCCUGUGUCUCAGGGACUCACGUGGGCCUGGGAAGGCUGGGUGGGUGGCUGUCCUGGGUUCCUCUUCUCCUCAGCUUGGGGACAUGACAAGAGAGUCUUUGGGAGUAGAGGGCCAGGCAAGCCAUGCAGGGAGCCUCAGGCCCAGCCACGCACCCAGGUGCAGGCGCACGGAGACUUCCAGCCCACUGUGUACACAGGCACACUCACAGACACACACUCGCUCCCUCACUCCCUUCUUCUCAGGUCACCGUCACCCACAUUCCCUCACAGUCGCUCACCACUCCAGACCUGCCACCCCGCAGAGGGAUCUAGAGUUCCAACCAGUGCAGCUCCCAAGCCCUGAGGUUCCAGGGAGCCAGAGGGGCAACACACUUUGACAUGGUUCUAGUCCACUUGGCUAAAAUUGGUCCCUUCAAGCCAAUCCAAGACUUACUUACUUUCAGUUUACU